GCAAGCGAGCUGUGAAGAAAAGAGAGAGAGAGAGGGAAGAAAGGGCCCGCCCAGGAGGCCUCCUACUGCUCUGACGUCAAUGGACGUUAACUGUGAGAACAUGAUGCCUUGUGCAUAGAGCGGUACAUUGGUUUCCUGCUGCACAGCUGCCUCCACUCCCUGUGUCUCGCGUGCUUCAGCCGGUGUAACAAUACCUCUGUGCUGCUGCUGCUCUCUGUGUGACUUUAGCCAUAAAGCUGCAGUGAGUUGACUUUUCUGGACCUGUAGAAAGUCAUCCCGCUUGCUUGCGUUGCAUGGAUGUUGGCGAUGGCUUUGGGUAUAACCGUGCGGGAACACAUUGUGGAGGAAGGAGCUGGACAAUGCAAACUGUAACGCCUUCCAUUUGGGAAUUCUCUGUCAUCGUCAACUUUGCAAAGAAGUCGUGCCAUCGUAUGCGACCUCCAAAUCGUUGCCUUGCACUGUUGCCCGAAUGGCUGAGGAGCUGAGCGACUGUAUCGCAUCUGCCUGAGAUUCCUCCUUUCACGGCGACUUGUUGGGGGUGUGAGCAGUGAUCGUGCCGGUUGAUGUCUGUUUCCCUUUGGAGCUUCCCGGCCCGGCUCCCAGCAUGGUCAUGGCGGACUGUCAGAAGCCUGUACAGAGGGGUCCUGUCCGGGUCGGAUUUUAUGACAUAGAACGCACUUUAGGGAAAGGCAAUUUCGCCGUAGUGAAGCUGGCCAGGCACCGGAUCACCAAAACCGAGGUUGCAAUAAAGAUCAUUGACAAGUCUCAGCUGGACUCUGUGAAUUUGGAGAAGAUCUAUAGAGAGGUGCAGAUAAUGAAGAUGCUGGAUCAUCCCCACAUUAUCAAGCUUUACCAGGUUAUGGAAACCAAAAACAUGCUGUAUCUUGUGACAGAAUAUGCCAAAAAUGGAGAGAUUUUUGAUUACUUGGCUAAUCAUGGACGUCUCAGCGAGCCUGAGGCUAGGCGGAAAUUCUGGCAGAUCCUCUCUGCGGUUGAGUACUGCCACGGCAGAAACAUAGUGCACAGAGAUUUAAAAGCUGAAAAUCUACUGCUGGACAACCAUAUGAACAUCAAAAUUGCAGAUUUUGGGUUUGGCAACUUUUACAAGACUGGAGAACCUCUGGCCACGUGGUGCGGAAGUCCACCUUAUGCAGCCCCUGAAGUCUUUGAGGGUCAGCAAUAUGAGGGACCACAGCUGGAUAUAUGGAGUAUGGGGGUCGUACUGUAUGUCUUGGUAUGUGGUGCGUUACCUUUUGAUGGACCUACUCUGCCUAUCCUGAGACAAAGAGUUCUAGAAGGGAGAUUCCGGAUUCCUUAUUUUAUGUCUGAAGAAUGUGAACACUUAAUACGAAGGAUGCUUGUGCUGGAGCCUUCAAAACGUCUCUCUAUUGCACAAAUAAAAGAGCAUAAAUGGAUGAUGGCUGAAGUCCCUGUGCACAGGCCAGUUCUCUACUCACAAACGCAUGAUAAAGAAGCUUCAAUUGGUGAAUACAACGAACAGGUUUUGCGACUCAUGCACAGCCUUGGAAUCGACCAGCAGAAAACUAUCGAGUCACUGCAGAACCGUAGCUACAACCACUUUGCUGCUAUCUAUUACCUGUUAGUGGAAAGGCUAAAAUCUCACCGCAGCAGCUUCCCUGUGGAGCCCAGAAUUGACGCACGGCAACGUCGACCCAGCACAGUCGCUGAGCAGACAGUCACCAAGGCCAGCACCGCCGUCCCUCCAGUGAAUCUGCUGCCUCAAAAUAUGAGGUUGCUGAGGGCUCCGAUUCUCCCAGAAGCCUCCACUGCAGAAACAUUCUCCUAUCCUCCAAUCAGUAGCCAGACUGAAUCCACAUUCCUAGAGGAGGAAGGUGUAAACACACCCCCGGUUAACGGCUGCCUUUUGGACCCACUGCCUCCAGUUACUAUAAGGAAAGCAUGUCAGUCGUUGCCAUGCAACAUGAUGGAGACAUCUAUAGAUGAAGGCAUUGAGACGGAGGAUGACACUGAGGAGGACCCAGCUCAAGCAUUUGCAGCUUGUCAGGGCAGGCGUAGUGGACAGAGGCGACAUACUCUUGCCGAAGUGACCAAUCAAUUGGUUAGGCUACCUAGCGGGGGUCCAGACAUGGAAGGCAAACUUUUCACCAUUGGGGACAACCCAUCUCUGGGAAGUGUAGAUUCAGAAUUCGACAUGGGAUCUAUUCAGAGUGAUUUCAGUUUCCAAGAUGAAAUGAAAGAAGCUGUUAUGGCAAAUCAACCAGUCACCAGGCUGACACCACCAUUCAUAGGACUGCGACCAACAAAUUUAGCUAUGCCCACAAUUCCCUGCCAAAAACGGGAGGCUCAUAACAGGUCUCCAGUCAGUUUCCGAGAAGGCAGACGAGCAUCAGAUACCUCUCUAACACAAGGUAUUGUGGCCUUUCGUCAACAUCUGCAAAACCUGGCCAGGACAAAGGGUAUCUUAGAGCUCAACAAAAUUCAGAUGUUUUAUGAACAGAUGGGACCUGAUGAGGAGCAAAAUGUCACUAGCGUUCCAAACCACCUCCAGGACUACAACCAUCACGUGCUGGAUAUGUCUGCGCAUCUUCCAAGUGUAUCCACGUUUCCCAAUGGCAUGCACCCCCAUUUUCUCUCUAGACGCCAGAGUUUGGAGACACAGUAUUUACAGCACAGGUUGCAGAAAGCAAAUUUACUGGCCAAAGCCCAGAACAGCUGCCAGUUAUAUUGUAAAGAAUCACCAAGGAGCCUGGAGCAGCAGUUACAGGAACACAGAUUGCACCAGAAACGGCUUUUCCUUCAGAAGCAACCACAGCUGCAGGCUUAUUUCAAACAGAUGCAGAUAGCUGAAACCUCUUACCCCAUGCAGACUCCGCAACUACCCUUGUCACACCAGGACACAGUACAACAGACACAGUUUGGCUUGUCUCAGCCACUUAGCCCUGUUAUGGAACCAGCUUCUGAUGAAAUGCAAUAUGACCCAUUCUUAAGUCAGUAUCACAAGUUACAUUCCCAGCAGAUGCAGAACCUGGUGCAACCUAGCCAGCCACAGGUCACGGCGCAGAUGCCUGUGCAGCAAGCUUCUUUGCAUUAUGCUUAUCAGACCUGUGAAUUAUCAGGAGUGCCAUCCCACGAGCCAGAAUACACAAACCAGUGUCAGUAUUCUAUGAACUCAACGCAACAAGGUGUUAUGACUUUGCCUGAAAACCAGAGUAAUCUAGCAGGACCUGACCCACAGUUGUCCUAUGAAACACUGGCCCUCGGUGAGCCAUGUGACUGUGAGAUGAUGGAGACUGUUGAUUCACACAGUGGAUAUGUCUUAGUCAAUUAGACAUUGCAUGGAACAUUAUGUCUAUGAUCAUGCUUUAGGGCAAGGCUGAAAAAAAAAUGAAGGAAGAAAGUGUGAAUUUUGAAAAGCUUUUAUUCUUGUUGUCCCACCCAAAAUAAGAAGGAAAAAUUCAUUACUUAUUCUCCUACCCUUGGCCUCAUUCCAGCUUUAAAAGCUGAUUUGCUGAGAUUCCAGAUUUAAUGUUCUGUGUCCCAGAAACCUGAGGUCCUGUAGAGGAGAAGUGACAGGAAUAUAUCAUUCUGACCUCCUACAGCACAAUAAGACACUGGACUUUAUAAAUGACUCCAGAUCGAAAUGGCGGAGUUCAUCUUUUAUUAAGCAAUAUUCAUUUUGUGGGAAGGGAUUGUUCUUUGUAAAGUAAUCAUUAUUGUAAAAAAAAACAAAAAAAACUCACAAACAUUUCUUAGAACAUGACUGCAUUCUAAGUUACUGACUUUGGCAACAAGCACUUUGCAGUAAAACAUGGAGAAGCUGGGAAGCCAAACCAGCUACCUGAUUUCUAGACUAACAUUGCUUGGAGAAACAGAACUUUAGAAGCCUCGGGAAAAGGAGAGGCAUGAAUGUGAAUGCACAAAAUAACAUUACAGUACUGUUUUUGAAAUGAGCUUGAGCUCUUGGGAAAAACCUAUGAUAAUAACAGGAGCGUUUGAACUUGAGAACCAAGGCAAGACAUACAAUGUUCCUCAUUGUAGUGCCUCAAGCUCACUUUUGGAGACACACGGCAGCCUUUGGAGACAAGAGACCAUUGUUACAAGGCGUGUCACUUUUUAAGAACACAAUGAAGAAAUAAUAAUUAAGACUAUGUUUUGAAGUCACAGUAAUACUGUAUGUUGCUGUUUGUUGAAGAAGCUUUGUACAUUUGGUAACUAUCUAGAUUUUAGAAUCAGGAAAUCACAAAAUGAGCUACAAAAAUAAUGUGUGAAGUGUGGUAGUUCUGUGCCUUUUUUGGGUUCUUUUUCAUACUAGAUUCUACUUUUUUUUUUUUUUUUCCAGAUGGAAAAAUUACCAUAACCCCAUUUAUAUCAAUGCUACAUCCAAAGUCCGUUCAGAGUCUGUGUGUACGUAUGUUUGUUCCACUGUGUGGAAUGCUAAAUUGUUUAAUGAAUUCUAUGUCUUGAUUGCUCAUGUGUAGAGAAAAUGUUUCAAAAAGUAUUAUAGCAAUAUUUAAUUCUAUUUAAUGUCAUGAACUGUUGAUAUAUUAACCAUGGAAAUGGAUGUUCACACAAAGCUACAGUGAGGGAAAUAAUAGUGCAUCAAUGCAAAUCAUGUGUAUAGUAUUCUAAUCAGAAGAGGUUACCUUAGCUGAGUUUGUAACUUAGAUACAACGGUGUGUCCUCGUUCACAAAUAGACGUUGCACUUUCUGUAAAUUCAAGAUUCAAAAUAGCCAUAUUGUAAUAGAACCUCCCAUUAGGUAAGAUGCAUUAUAACAGAAAAGAAGCUAGUAGUGUUAAUGAAUUUUGUUGUUGCGUUAUCAGAGAAGGACUAAGCAGGCAUCUCUUAAUUCUGACCCAAGAAAUCCCAGUACACUACAUCAUUAAUCAAAUCCUACAUGUGAACCCUAUUUUGACAAAGUUAAAGGGUCACUGUCUGAACCUUAUUUUUUCUUUUUCUAUGGAUUUGUACAAUGGAAAUAUUAAGAGUUGAAUUUUAAUUGCCCUGUUUCAUUAGUAUAAAGGCUCAGCUUGCAGUUUUAGCCUUGUUUAUAUAGCCAUUGUCUCACUGUCAGGCAGAGUAUGUGCUCCAUGACUUCCUCCAGCCCUGAUCACAUGAAUAGAAGGGGCACUUGGUGAGGGGGGGUAGAGUAAGGUCGCAGCUGGGGUGGUGGGCACAUAGGGGUGGCAGAAAAAGGGUCUGGGGUUGUGUGCAGGCUCCUGAUGUGGCAGCAUUGGUGGGUCCCUACCAAGUCUGAUACUGGGGGACAUAAUUGGCACUUUUAAAGCAGGGACAGCUUGGUAGGUUUUUCUUAUAGAUUGUAUAGAGAGAUACCAUUUCCCAUAGUAAGCACAAGCCUCCUUAAAAUUGUCCGGGUCUACUGACCUUUUUAAUUUUCACUCAUAGAACCUACCAACCCUCUUUGCUUAUUUUAUUUGUUCCACUAUGGUACUUGAUAAACUCUCAUCCUACUCAACUAGAA